AUGUUGUACUCUGGCAGCGGUUGUGGCGUCCCAUCUGUGGAGACACUCGGAACACAACUGGACACGGUCCAGGACAACCUGACCAGGGUGCAGCUGACACUGCUUGGGCCAAUACGUGAUCCGCCCCGUGCUCAAAGCGGACAGAGCCGUCCGUUCCUCAGUGGCUGCUGCUGGUGUUGCCUGAACGACGCCGAGGUGGAAAAACCCCUUGAACUGACAAUACAACUGACGUUUUGUUGGUGCUUUUUACAGGGGACGCCGCAAAAGGAUGUUGUAAUAAAACCCGAUGCCCCAAGCACGUUGCUUUCAGAGAAACAUGCGGACUAUAUAGCUUCAUACGGAACAAAGAAAGAUGAUUAUGAAUACUGUAUGUCGGAGUAUUUGAGGAUGAGUGGUGUUUACUGGGGGCUGACAGCAAUGGAUCUCAUGGGGCAGCUGCACCGAAUGAACAAAGAAGAAAUUCUGGCAUUCAUCAAAUCAUGUCAACAUGAAUGUGGUGGAAUAAGUGCCAGCAUAGGGCAUGAUCCUCAUCUUCUGUAUACCCUCAGUGCUGUCCAGAUUCUUAUCUUAUAUGAUAGUCUCCAUGUUGUUGAUGUAAAUAAAAUUGUUGAAUAUAUACAGAACUUGCAAAAAGAAGAUGGAUCAUUUGCUGGAGACAAAUGGGGAGAAAUAGAUACAAGGUUCUCCUUCUGUGCUGCAGCAACUCUUGCGCUUCUGGGAAAGCUGGAUGCUAUUGAUGUGGGGAAGGCAGUAGAAUUUGUUUUGUCCUGUAUGAACUUUGACGGAGGAUUUGGUUGUAGACCGGGUUCUGAAUCACAUGCAGGGCAGAUCUAUUGUUGCACAGGAUUUCUGGCUAUAACAGACCAGUUGCAUCAAAUAAAUGUUGAUUUGCUGGGUUGGUGGCUUUGUGAACGUCAGUUACCUUCUGGAGGCCUCAAUGGACGACCAGAGAAGUUACCUGAUGUAUGUUAUUCAUGGUGGGUGCUAGCAUCUCUGAAGAUGAUUGGUAGGUUACACUGGAUUGACAGAGAGAAACUGCGCUGUUUUAUUUUGGCUUGCCAGGAUGAGGAGACUGGAGGAUUUGCUGACAGACCAGGAGAUAUGGUGGAUCCAUUUCACACCUUAUUUGGAAUUGCUGGACUAUCUUUAUUAGGAGAAGAACAAAUUAAGGCUGUCAGCCCUGUCUUUUGUAUGCCAGAAGAUGUCCUUCAAAGAAUAAAUGUACAGCCUGAGCUUGUGAGCUAAGCUUCGUAGAGACAAAAGGUUGACAUGCCCAGUUGCUUUGGUUUUACUGACUUAAGUAAGCUCAUCUCUGAAACUGUUGGCAUAUUCUCCUUUGAAAUGUGUUUACAUUGCAAAAGUAAAGCAAUAGCUUUACUGUGGGCUUUGUCACUUUGUAAACUGUAUUGGAACAGACUGACUCUAAUAAUCUGAGUGUAACGUUCUUUGGUUGUAUAUAAGAGAUGUAGAAACAUUUCUGUAUCUAAAUAUAUGGGCCUUUGCAGUUUUUUUUUGAAUAUUCAAGUCAAAGCAAUAGUGUGAAUGCUUAAUUUUUGUAUUCCUGUGAUAUCAACAAUGCUAGCAACUGUCUUUACAUAAGCAUGUUUUGAUGGUGGAUCACACAAAGCACUUUAAAAGAAUAUAAAAAAAAUCCCAAACAGAACCCUACUUAAGCCAUGCACUUAAUGCCACACACUUGUGUAUUAAAUUCUUGUUGUUGACAUUUGCCCUCACUUUUAUAUACUGAGAAACAUUCUGAUAGUAAUUGAUACCAGUGAAAACAGAAAUUAUGGCUCCCUCAAGUAUAUAAAUGUCUUCAUUUAUUGAUGAGUCCCUUUAGAUAAAAUUUUGCUGAUAUUUGAAGUUGGGCAUACCUUGAGUAUGUAUAGUGAAACUUGCUAACAUCAAGCAUUCUAGGAAGGUCCCUGUAGGUCAGUGACUUGUAACUGAAUAUAGAGUUGAUCCUAAAUUUGUUGCUGGGUUGAAAUCCUGCUUUCAUAGCUUUUUAAGACAGUAAUUGCCAACACAUGAUUGUGGUGUAAUUGAGAAUAAAACUAGCCAUGGAAAAUACAUGUUCUCUCAAGGGUGAAGUCCUGUUUGUCUUCACGGAAGCCCUAAAAUUGCCUCUUAAUUUACAUUCUACACACCCUGGCUGAGACUGAAUGAUAUUCCUGUUGAAAUAUACAGUAAAAGGUAAUUGUGAAGGGGAGGAAAUCUUUGAUAAUCUCUGUACUUACACUUAAGGAAGGUCUAAAAUUGUUUCAACCACAGUUUUAAAAGCCAGCUGGUUAGUUUUAUCCAGCCCAUUUGUGUUAGUGGAGGGUAAGCUAGAACUGGACAAAGUAAUGUUUUGAUAGACCUUUACUUGUAGGGAGUUUCAGUGAGAGAAUGUGUAUUUGGAUGCUCAGAUAUUUUUAAUGAUUUUUUUAACCCUUCUCAGCAGGCUUUUAGGUAAGGUAAAAACCCUACUCUUUUUAGCUGUCCAGCUGCCUGAUGUUCAAAGCCUGGAAUUAAUUUCUUUUUCAAGGUUUGGAAAAAAGUUAGAGUAGGCUUCAUGUUGAGUCUGAGGGAAUGAGCACUAAUCAGGUUUUAUCAAACAGCAGAGUUUUAUUUUACAAUUUUGUUAGUUUUUCUCAUUCCAGGUUACCUUUGCAAGUGAUGCCUCUUUGCAUCUAAUAAGGCACUGUUCAGUACAUAGGAAUUUGUGUAGACAAAAUAGAAUCCUCUUCAGAAUUUCUAGUCUAGUAUAGACUCACGCACCCUGGGAAUUAAUAUGUGUGUGACACUGCAUGACAGUGUAGGACACUUCGCUGUAGGUUGAAAUCCUGUUAAUAUUAUUGGAGUUUUUCUCUAAAGGAGGUCUGGUCAACUUCAUUUCCUACAUCAGCUGUGACUUGUAAAGAUCUUGUAAGAUUAUAGGUUUAAAAAGGGGUGAGUAUGUGCACAAACUAAGAACUGUUAAAGAAUGCAAGAGCAUUCUUUACAUCAGUUUUUCAAACUGCUGUAUUUGUACUAGGAGAGUCAUCACAAUUUUUCUUAUGCAAACGAAGUCACAUUUUCUGUUAAAGGGACUGUGAAAAAAAUUACUUGCCCUGUGUGUCUAUGUUAAAACUUACGUCAUUUUGAUGCAGAUUACAUUGUUAGUGUCUACCUCUAUUUUGUUAAAAGUAUUGAUCAGAAUUUCUUGGUUUAUGUAGUUAGAAACUUUUCAGUAAUUAAUUUGCUCUUCUCAGUCUUCAGUUGCUGGACCUUUAUUAAAGGCUUUCAGAGAUUUGUACUUUCAUAACUUUUUUUUCCCCUGGAAAUCUUUAUAUGGAAAGAUCCUGACACUGUCUUAGUACUUGAUCUUAAGUACUGUAGUGUAGCCAGCAUUCCCAGAAAUAAAUUUUGCAGGAUGCUGUAUGAGAAUGUGCAAAAGAAUGAGUAAUUCAGGUACAUAAAA